GCAGAAAUCUAGAGCUCUCGCAACUCUGUCCUCCCCGCCGUGCGCGGGCGCGGGGCUCCGGGAAGGUUGGCAGAGGGGCGAAUCUGCCAGCCGAGGAGCGGUGCGAGCGCGGGACUCUCACAUGGCCCAGCUGUCGGUGAUCCCAGGGUCGGCCACGGCGUGGACAGGGCUCCUGACCGAAGGGGGCCGCAAGGAGACCGACAUGCGAGAGGCGGCGUCGCUGCGGCAGCAGCGCCGCAUGAAGCAAGCGGUGCAGUUCAUCCACAAGGACUCCGCAGACCUGCUGCCCCUGGACGGCCUCAAGAAGCUGGGCUCGUCUAAGGACACGCAACCUCAUAACAUUCUGCAGAGGCGCCUCAUGGAAACAAAUCUGUCUAAGCUCCGAAGCGGUCGUGUUCCUUGGGCCUCCAAGACCAACAAACUCAAUCAGACUAAAUCUGAAGGACUAAAGAAGUCUGAGGAGGAUGACAUGAUUUUGGUUUCUUGCCAGUGUGCUGGAAAGGAUGUGAAAGCCUUGGUUGACACAGGCUGUCAGUAUAAUCUCAUAUCCUCAGCCUGUGUGGACAGAUUGGGACUCAAGGAGUAUGUUAAAUCUCACAAGCAUGAAGGAGAAAAGCUUUCUCUCCCCCGACAUCUCAAAGUAGUGGGUCAGAUUGAACAUCUAGUGAUCACCCUGGGCUCCUUCCGCCUGGACUGCCCAGCAGCUGUGGUUGAGGACAAUGAGAAAAACUUGUCUCUUGGUCUCCAGACUCUCCGAUCCCUGAAGUGUAUCAUAAACUUGGAUAAGCACCGACUGAUCAUGGGGAAGACUGACAAAGAAGAAAUCCCUUUUGUGGAGACCAUUUCCUUGAAUGAAGACAACACUUCAGAAGCAUAACUGCAGCCUGCAGGAGGAUGUCUGCACAUGUGCACACACGAGGUUGACAGAUUUGAGAAAACUGGGUUUGAACCAAGUGCAGAAGCAACUUGCUGUGGACCAAGUCCUUCCUUUUAAUAGAUGCUCCAGGGGCUCCUUCCCCCCUAGACCUGUCUAGACUAUAGUUUGUGCUUAGAGAUCUUGUCUGAUUAUAGCCAUUGUUUUUUACUCCUUUGAUCACUUACUUUAAUAGACCCUUUUUGACACUGCCAGGUCUCACUUGUGGCCUAUUUCUCUGCUUCUUUCAAGAAUUUGCUUUUAUUAGUCAAGUAUAGGGGCUGCCAGGUUCUAGUUCUUCAUAGAUAUAACACCUGCUUCAUUUCCUAUAUCUAAAUAUAUAUAUAGGAACCUGAUUUUUACCUUCUUUCAACUGUUUCAAAGAGAUGUAGGAAAUCUAUGUCUUGGGAUUAAAAUCUCUGCUAAUUAAUUCAUUGGUUUCUCAGGUAUGAACUGAUCUGAAAGAUCCCAGAGAGGUCACCUGGUCCAAACACUUCACAAAGGUCCAGAGAGGCAAGUGACUUGUUUAAGCUCAUAUAUUAAGUCAGUGACAGGAAAUACCUAAACCUCAGACCUGAUUUCCAAACCCAGGCUCUUUUGCUGCCUCAUUUGUUUUCAAGCCUUAACAGGAGGACAAAGGGGUGAGAGUGGGUGAAAAAGAGCAGAGUAGGGGCUGGGGGUUUAGCUCAGCGGCAUAAGCGCCUGCCUUGAAAGCAGGCAGUCAUGAGUUCGAUCCCCGGUACCGAUAAAAAGGAAAAAGACAAAAAAAAAAAAAGAGCAGAGUGGGGGAAGAAUGUGUUUUGGAGGUAGAUGCCAGGAGGACCUAAGUAGCCUUCCUUCCUGUGUGCCAACCCCUCUAAAAGUACACUACCCAAAUUGUUACAUUUAGGGCCUUCUUUUGGCACCAAAAAUUGAGGAUACAAAGAUGAACUGAGGUCGUCUUUCACUGUGAACUUCUUGGAGAGGAGGAAGAAGAGACCACAGACAGAUUGAUGGCUUUGAGUAAAUAAUCAUUGUGAGACAUUGAUUAUCGCCAGUGUUUCCAUACAGCCUGUUAUAUAUCUGACAGAGAUUCAAGUAUCUGGCAAUAGGGAUAGAGAAAGAAAAUGAAAAAACCUAGAGCAGGGUUAGAUUGAAGGGAGAAGUCUGUAUAGAGUGAGUUGGUGCUGAGGCCUGUGUGGGAAAAGCUCUCUGGGAUGGGAGCAGGGAAUGAAACAUCCAGGCAGGGAACUGAGGCUUGGGAAACUCCUCAGCUUUGCUCAGAUGCAAGGGAAAGUAGCUGGAAAGCUGGUAGGAUUAAAAACAACUCUUUGUAAAUGUCCAGUAUUGCCCGACCCUCUCAAAGGUUGGGAAAAUCAUAAUUUUUUGAAGCUUUUUAUUGUUGUUUCUUUGGUUAUUAGUUUGGACACACUAAUAGAAUCUUCCCUUCAAUGCAGCUAUAGAAAUGUUUGUACAAGUCAGAAAAAUACCCAGCAAUAUUCCUUUAAGGUAUUCCUAGGUCUGUACUUGGUUGAUAGGAAUAGUUUUUAGAGUGUUUAAUAGAUCCACUUUGAACCUUGCCAGGUACCACCAAGUCUGUUGUCUGUUGUUCAGUUACUGCACUUACAAUUAUUUAAACCUUGAAUUUGGCCUCACAGAAGCUCCUAAUGACUAGGAACUUGGUGACCCCCAUUUGAACAACCAGCAGUCAGUUGUCACUGGGUCAUCUCAGAGGUUCCUUUCCUAUCAGCCUCAACAAAAGAACUGAAAGAAAAAACUAGGCAAGGCCAUCUAUAGUAGGGGAGGCUAUACCUGAAGCUCAGCAAGGGUGAUCCUAAGACUGCCAGCCUUCACCCUGCCUCCAGCUACACCCUAUUUCCUUACCCAGGAGGCCUUGCUCCUUUCCACAAAGGCCUCUCCACUCCUCCCCUGCCUACCAUGGCUACACUUUGGCCUGCUUCUUAUCCUAGGAUGGAGCUAAAAUUCUUCACCUCUUCCUUCCCUACUUGAAAGUUCUACUCCAAGCCUUGAUUCUUGGCCACAAGUAGGACAUGUUACAGGUUCCUUCUGGUUUAUCCUCAUUUGAUUUCCUGUGGAUCAAGGGAGUCCAGGAACUCUUAGGUUCUGGAAAGAUGCAUGUGAAUCCUGGCCUUUUCAUUCAGGAUUAUAUGGCAUCCUAGGGAUGAUCAGAUGGCCUUUAGUGAUCCUUCUGGUCUCUGAAAGUCAGCUAGUAGUUUUCCAGUUUGAGAGUAAAAUCAGCUAAGAUGAAGUGAGUUUAGGAUUCAUUAUCUCAAUAUAUUCAAGUCACUUGGAAUGCUUUAACCACAUGAUUAUGUUUUAAACCCUAGGCUCCAUAGAGCACUUUAAAACGUCUAAACAUAAUUACAGGGAGUCUUGAGUUUUAUUAGCCUUCUUCAAAUGUUGCCAAGUUGACUACUUUGAUAGCUUCUGUCUCUCUGACGUACUACUUUUGGGGACUGGAAAGUCAAAAAAGUGAGGUCAUUUCUUCCCAGUCUUAGAAAAUUCUUGUGCCUCGGAAUGUGUGGGAGAAAUAAUGUGUAUCCAGGUCACUGUUUUUAGGAAUGGUGCCACCAAUACGUAUCAGACCUACUGGUCCUUAUUAGAUGCCCUCCUCAAGUCCAGGAAGUUUGAAAAAUAUUUCUAUUAUUUGCUAUUUCUAUGCCUGAUUCAUUUGAGGGACAAAUAUUUUCUGACUUUUCUAUUUCCUUGCCCUGCACAGACCUCCUGGUAGGAAUUUCUAUUUCUUAGGUCUGAGUGUCCAUCAUAUAGAUUACCUGGUGUAUCAGCUGCCCUCACUCUUGUGUAAUAGAAAUACCGUUCCAAGCUGGGGAUAUGAAGGAGAUGAACUGGAUUCUUCCUUCUGUUGCCAGGCCUCUCUGCAAUGGCAUUUUAUCUACUCAAGUGUUUCUGGCUGUGUUGGGAUAAUUUGUGAAACUGAUGUAACAAUAAAGUGAAAUCUCCCCUCUG